AUGACGCGCCAGCCCCGCGAUUUCCCGUCGCAGAUCAGUGUAUCUGCAAAGAAGUUGCUGCGCCGUUCUCGCUGUCCGUUGCCUUUGAAAGAAAUCCACGAAAUGGUGAACUCCGAGCUUGGCGAGACUUUUGACUAUCAGCUGUUCUUGCAUGAGUUGCGCACGUCUACCAAAAAUGGAGCUCCGCGGUUCAUCAUUGACGGGGAGGUCGUUUGCCUGGCGCAGGGCAUUCUUGCACCCGGGUGCAGGGCUGCACCUGAACCAUGUUCAUGGCAGCUCUGUGAAGCAUUUGCAGUCCAGGAACAAAUAAGCAAGCGAACAAAGAGAUUGCUUUGCAGCUUUGGCGGCGCCAUGCGAUUGGAUGAUAUCGAACAGCAUCUGCGAGCCAGCGGUUGCCAGUGGAGCAGAGGGCAGCUCAUCAAAGCUUUGCACAGUUCUGCCAGGAAUGGCGUUCCCCGCUAUGUGUUCGAUGGGGAGCUGGUCCAAUUGGUCAAGGGGCCGUCGUGGCGCCGAAAGCAAAAGGAAGCAUCAAAGGAGCUUGCAACCUUCCUGCAAGAGGUAGAUUUUUGCAGCUGCCCGUAUAACAUCGCCUUGGACCUACCCGGCUUCAAAGGCAACGGUGAGUUGCUGAAGCAGGUUGUACAUGACCAGAGCCACGCUGAUGGCCGUUUGCGCUUCGAAGAGCGCGAGUUUGGUGGAUCAAAGUGGAUCUUUGCCACAGAGUCCAUGAGACGGUACAACUGCCAGGAGAAGCUGCGGCAGCAAGCUUUCGAGGCCAUCCGUGCGCUGGAUGCGGAAGUGCAAUCCAGGCCUUCGAAGCUGCUGGAGGAUUCUAAAGAUACAGCUGAGAUUUCAAAACUUGGACAAUUGAUGCGAGACUGGAUUUCUGGAGCCAGUUGGUUGACGUGCUUGGAUCACGACGGCACACUUGUGGAUGAAGUUCCUGGCAUCAUGACUCGGGUGCACCUCUUUGAUGGUACGGGCAUCGAAGUGAGAUUGCACAUGUUUGUGGAUCCGACAGAGACCUAUAUUCACAACCACCGCUCAAACUUCUUCAGCUAUUGUCUCAGUGGCAGGUACUGGCACAAGAUUUGGGGCGUGGACGAAUGCUCCGGAGGCGAGCGCUACUUCGUCGUCAAUCGCACGACAGAUCCCCUGUUCGAGCAACCCUUGGACAAGCCGGGAAGCUUAAGCGUCAUCGCAGCGCACACGCACCAAGAGCGUGGCUCCUACUACAUCAGGUCUGUGACUCCGCAUACCGUCCAGCCGCAGAUGGAGGGAGAUCGCGCCACUCCUGUUCUCACCAUCUACAUCAAGGAUAAGGCUGCAGGUCCUGAUACCUUGGUUCGAGUUGCGAAGAUGGAGGAACUCACAAGUCUCCGAGAGCAGCAGCAAGAAACUCAAGAUUGCCCUCUUCAGGGGCGCGAGAAGCUGGAGAGAUUGAGGGCAAUUCACAACCUCACACGACACGCGGACAAGCAGAGGAAACGGCCAAGCUAG